AUGGAGGACGCGGUCUCCGUGCGCGAGGCCUUGGCCGCGCCCGCGCCACAGGCCGCGGAGGACAAAGAGUCCGCCCAGCCGCGCGACUUCUACGGCGUGUUCGACGGCCACGGCUGCUUGCACGUCGCCGACGCCUGCCGGGACCGGAUGCACGAGCUGGUUGCUGCCGACCUAACCACCUCCGUCGACCCCUCCCCCUGGGCCGCCGCCAUGGAGCGGAGCUUCGCUCGCAUGGAUGCCGAGGUAACCACCUUCGCCGCCGCACGCGGCGCCACCGCCAGACCCAGCUGCCGCUGCGAGGCCAACAAGUGCGACCACUUGGGCUCCACGGCCGUGGUCGCCGUCGUCGACGCCCACCAGAUCGUAAUCCCCAACUGCGGCGACUCGCGUGCGGUGCUCUGCCGCGACGGCGGGAAGCCCGUCGCGCUUUCCUCCGACCACAAGCCCGACCGGCCCGACGAGCUGGCCCGCAUCGACGCGGCCUACUUCGAGGUCUGGAACGGAGGUGCCGACCGCCCAUUCAACGCCGUCCUCACCCUCGUCGCUGCAUUCCGUCGAGCACCUGGUGUGCGGCGUUGA